UGAAGUUGAAAGUGGAAAGCUGAGCGACCAGACCCAAUUAGGAAGAGAAAUGGAAGAAUGAGGUCAUUUUGGUCAUUUAACCUUCUAGCAGGUGGUUAUUGCUUAUGCUUAUACACCGAGUGAUUCCCCUGUCUUCGUCGUUACUGUUCUAUUUCUCCUUCCCUUCUAUAAGCUAAAAAGCUCAAAACCGAACGCACACCGACACUCCAAAUCUCAAUUAUCAUUCAACAUUUGAUUUCCCACACAGAACAGAUCUCUCACUUUUUCUGUUUCAUGGCGGAGCCAAUGGCAGUGGUUGGUUUCGACGCCAAUGCGCCGUUGACGCCACAGCAGCAACCGCCACAGCAGCUGCUUCUUCAACAACCACCUCAGGCCUUGCUUGAGCGACUCAAGGAUUACGGCCAGGAGGAUGUUUUUGCUCUUUGGGACGAGCUCUCCCACGAAGAGCGGGACCUUCUUGUCAAGGAUAUUGAGAGUUUGGAUCUUUCCAGAGUAGAUCGAAUUAUUCGAUGUUCGCUUCGUUCUCAAGGGCUACCUGCGGCUGCAAUUGAGCCCGUACCAGAGAGUUGCGUGUCGACGCUGGAGGAGCGAACCCUUGACGAAAGAGAGAGAUGGUGGAAGACGGGGUUGAAGGCCAUCUCAGAUGGAAAGUUGGCUGUUUUGCUUUUAUCUGGUGGUCAGGGAACUCGGCUGGGCAGUUCUGAUCCUAAGGGAUGUUUCAAUAUUGGACUUCCAUCGGGGAAAUCACUUUUUCAACUUCAAGCUGAGAGAAUUUUGCGUGUUCAAAGAUUAGCUGCUCAAGCCACUACCGAUAAUUCUACCAGUUCUGCUUCAAUUCAUUGGUAUGUGAUGACCAGUCCAUUUACCGAUGAGGCCACUCGCAAUUUUUUUGAAAGUCAGAAAUAUUUCGGUUUGGAGGCUAAUCAAGUCACCUUCUUUCAGCAGGGCACCAUUCCUUGUAUAUCCAAGGAUGGUAGAUUUGUGAUGGAAACACCAUACAGGGUAUCUAAGGCUCCAGAUGGGAAUGGAGGGGUAUAUGCAGCUUUAAGAUCCUCACAGUUAUUAGAAGAUAUGUCAGCAAGAGGGAUUAAAUAUAUAGACUGCUAUGGAGUAGACAAUGCAUUAGUUCGCGUGGCUGAUCCAACAUUCUUGGGUUAUUUCAUUGAUAAAGGUGUAUCUGCAGCAGCCAAAGUUGUUCGUAAGGCAUAUCCCCAAGAGAAGGUUGGCGUAUUUGUCCGACGAGGUAAAGGGGGACCACUCACUGUGGUUGAGUACAGUGAAUUGGAUCCGUCACUGGCUUCUGCCAUCAAUCAAGUAACAGGACGCCUUCGUUUCUGUUGGAGUAAUGUGUGCUUACACAUGUUUACAUUGGAUUUUCUAAACCAAGUGGCAAAUGGUCUUGAAAAGGACAGCAUCUACCAUCUGGCGGAGAAAAAAAUUCCUUCCAUUCACGGGCAGACGAUGGGACUAAAAAUGGAGCAGUUCAUAUUCGAUGCAUUUCCCUAUGCUCCUUCUACUGCACUAUUUGAGAUCUUACGAGAAGAAGAGUUUGCACCCGUGAAAAAUGCCAACGGGUCAAAUUUUGACACUCCAGAUAGUGCUAGGCUUCUUGUUCUCCGACUCCAUGCUCGCUGGGUGGUUGCAGCUGGUGGAUUCCUAACACAUUCAGUUCCCUUAUAUGCAACUGGCGUGGAAGUAUCACCACUUUGCUCGUAUGCCGGAGAAAAUCUAGAAGCGAUAUGCCGUGGAAGGACAUUCCAUGCACCUUGUGAAAUUUCUUUCUAGUUCGAGUCAACCUUUCCAAAUUUUAUUUGUGAGUCAUCGGCUUUAUUAUUUUAGAGUUAGCAUUGAAAAUGAGGUUCAUUUUUCGUAUAUUUGUGAGAUAUAGUGUGCAUUAUUUAAUGCUUUUGUGACAUCCAAUAAGUACUUCUUCGGCUAUGUUAAUAUUAUAUUUCCUAAAGACCAUCUAAAAUUUGUGUGGGUUUUAGCUACCA